GUGUCUCACUGUUAGUGCACGCAGAGAACGAUGGCUCAAUGCUGCUGGAAAGCAAAAUCCAUCCAGACACAAUCUAUCACAAACAACAGGACACACUGAUUGUAUGGAGCGAAGGAGACAAUUUCGACCUAGCGCUCAGUUUUCAGGAGAAGGCAGGCUGUGACGAAAUAUGGGAGAAAAUUUGUCAGGUACAAGGCAAAGAUCCUUCCGUAGAAAUAACGCAAGAUGUCGUGGAAGAAUCGGAAGACGAACGGUUCGAGGAACUGUCGGAUUCGGCGCCACCUAUCGAACUGCCUCCCUGCGAGUUGUCCCGAUUAGAGGACAUCUCGGAAGUGAUUGCCAAUGGACUGACCUCACAAAUCCGCAAGGACAAACUAGCACAAGCGAUAGAGAGUGAAAACUACAUCAAGAAACUGCUAAAUUUGUUUCACAUGUGCGAGGAUCUUGAAAAUCACGAAGGACUGCAUUAUUUGUACGAGAUUUUCAAGAACAUUUUCCUGUUAAACAAAAACGCUCUAUUUGAGAUUAUGUUUGCCGAAGAUACGAUCUUCGACGUGGUUGGAUGUUUGGAGUAUGAUCCUACGGGGAACCCUCCAAAGCAGCACAGACAGUAUCUUAAACAGUUGGCCAAAUUCCGCGAGGCGAUUCCGAUUCGAAAUUCCGAUCUGCUGGCGAAGAUUCACCAAACCUACCGAGUGCAAUACAUUCAGGAUAUUGUCCUGCCAACGCCUUCGGUGUUCGAGGACAACAUGCUGAACACGCUCUCCUCGUUCAUCUUCUUCAACAAGGUGGAAAUAGUCACCCUGAUCCAGGAAGACGAGAAAUUCCUCGACGAUUUGUUCACCCUGCUAACGGAUCCAAACACUUCGGACGCGAAACGGCGGGACAUUAUCCUGUUUCUGAAGGAGUUUUGCAAUUUCGCUCAGUACUUGCAACCGCAGAGCAAGGAAACGUUCUACAAGACGUUGAUCAGCCUGGGGAUACUGCCGGCGCUGGAGAUUACGCUGGCCAUCAACGACAAGAAAACAAAGGCUGCGUCGAUCGACAUUCUGACGACGAUCGUCGAAUAUUCGCCGUCGAUUGUGCGCGACUACACGCUGCAGCAGUAUAACAACUCGGACACGGAUGAGGAUCAAACGCUUAUCAAUAUCGCCAUCGAGCAGAUGCUGUCGGAUUCGGAACCGGAACUGGGCGGCGCAGUGCAGCUAAUGGGCGUAUUGAGGAUACUGCUGGAUCCGGAGAAUAUGCUGAGCUCGGUGAACAAGUCGGAGAAGUCGGAUUUUUUGAACUUCUUCUACAAGCACAGUAUACAAACGCUGAUAGGUUCUUUCGACCGGUUUGCAGCUCCACUCCUGCUGAACACCCUCUCCGAAAAACCCGCCAACGAGGAGUAUCACACGGUUCAGCUGCUCGGGCUCGUCCUGGAGUUGCUAUCGUUCUGCGUGGAGCACCACACCUACCACAUCAAGAACUGCAUCAUCAACAAAGACCUGCUGAGGCGAAUACUGGUACUGAUGAAGAGCACACACACGUUCCUAGUGCUGGGCGCGCUCCGGUUUCUGCGGAAAAUCAUCGCACUGAAAGACGAGUUUUAUAAUAGGCACAUAGUGAAGAGCAACCUCUUCGCACCGGUGGUGGAUGCCUUCGUGCGGAACAAUGGCCGAUAUAAUCUGCUCGAGUCCGCCAUCCUGGAGCUGUUCGAGUUCAUCAAGAUCGAGGACAUCAAAUCGUUGUAUACGUACUUUGUAGAAAAUUUUGGAAAAAUCUUCGACGAUGUCCAGUAUGUCCAGACGUUCAAAACGCUCAAGAACAAAUACGACCAACAGCAGGACCGACUAAAGGAGAAGGAGAAGGGAAACCUCGACAGCGUACCCUCGAUUCUGAGGAAUAGUAACCGGUACCGAAGGGACCAGAGGCAGCUAGACGAAGAGGAGGAAAUUUGGUUCAACGAGGAGGAAGACUUUGCCGAAACGAACAAGGCCGGAUCGCCGGAACUGGACACUAGCCUAGGUAAAAUCUUCGACAAAAAAUCAUCCCCCGAAUCGUCCCCGUCAGCCACCUCCGUGAACGGCCCCAAGUACAGUAGUAGUAAUAGUAGCAAUACGACCACAUCGCAACAACAGCAGUCGCCACUGUCCUCGUUACAGACGAACUCCACACCACUGAACAACAACAACACUGACAUUAAUAGUAAUAGUACGACAAUAUCCGCCGCGGCAGCAGAAGAAGAAGAAUCGUCCAUCCACCACCAUCCGGCACAGCAGUCACUAUUAGGUAUAACUCUGGUCAAUUCAACGACGGCGACGGCGUCCUCCAUUGCGUCAUCGUCGUCUUCGUCGUCGGAUUCCUCUACCACUGGCGCCCUAGCGGAGGAAGCCCUGCCGGUCGACUCGACAGCGGCAGCACUGUACUCCACCGGUGGUACCAUUGGUCUUGUCUCGCAUGAAUCACCCGCCGCUUCUACGAGUUCGACGACGAGUAUCGACGAGCCGUUGCCUACUUCGACCGUACCACCCGUGGCAGACGAAGACCCUAGCUGUAGCGUUACGGAACAACAGCAACUUCCACAGAAUUCCACAGACAGUGAUAGCGGCGCUGGUAGCAGUUGUAGCAGCACGUCGCCAAUGCCUACUGCUGCUGCUGCAGCGGAAGCCGUUGAAUCUCUCGAUAGCAACAACCUAGAGGCAUCGAAACGGCUAGCGGAUGACGUCAGUCGAGUAAGCGAGGAGCCGACGUCAGCGGCGUCCGAAGCGAGUGAAGAUGUGCGGAAAACCUCGCACAACUGCGUCGGAAAUGAUGCAGCUCUGGAGGGAGCGAGUUCCUCGGUCAACUGCAGUAAUGGUGAUAUCAGUUCUUCGUCUACGACGAUACCCGCGGCGUUGGAUUCGGCGCCGGAUGUUGUGGCACCGACGGAUGAGUCGACCAGUUCCACCGCUGUUGUAAGCAGUCUUAAAAAGCGUCUGGUGGACUACGAGGGUGACUCCGAUGAGGAGGAAGACGACGAUGACAGUGAUAGUCCGGCUGUGAAGAAGGCCAAAGUGGCAUAGCAUCUUAGUUCCCAUCACCACCAUCGGCGGCGGCGUCGUCGUCUUCGGGCCCAUUGCCAUCGUCAACCGCAGGAACAACCCCAACUGCUGUCGUUCCCCCAUCAGAACCAUUUUCAGAACCACCACCAACAACAAUAUCAUCACGACGAAUCUCGUUGCGAACUGCUGGCCUCCGAUGUUGACCCGAGUGUUGGUCCAACGGAGGAGGGCAACAGCGACGAGGACCAGGAUAUGUCAACGAUGUUAUCAGUCUCGCUAGCUGCUACUACACAACCACAACCAGCAACUGAAACAACAAAUUAUGCAUAAUUCUUAUAAAUACAUGUGUAACUAGAGAUAACAAUUUGCUAAUUUAACGACAACCGAGAAAAGAGGGGAAGAUAGUUCGAAAAAGAAGAAAAUCAACAAAAAGAUAUCCAAAAAUCAAGUUCUUUGCGAAAGCGAAGAGGAAGAAGCAGGAGUAGAUGAGUCUUUCGGGGCAAGUGGAUAGGAACGAUAACCAUUUUAAUUAUUAUAUUGAAUAAUAAUUGAAGCUGUAAUUUAAUGAGAAAAAAAAAUAAAAGGAAAAACUGAAUAAGUAUAAGUCUUAAUGCUAUAACUACUAAACAAAAAAAAAUCAUAUUACUACAACAACUGCUAUUAGGAGGUGAGAUCUAGUGUCAAACUUUUCCGAGGGCCGCAGAUAGAAACACAAAUAGGAAAAAAAAAACAGUUUCAGUGUGUUACUACUCUACUGUAUGUGAGAAAGUGGAAAGAUGCUAAUUGGAAAGUAUAAAAUUUGUAAAACAAUAUUAUUGUUUUGAAAAAAUGAACCGAAAAAAACUACCCAAAAAACAGGAAAAGCUUAUUUUUAAUUCGAAAAAUAAACACAAAAAUGAAACUGACCGGACACUGUUCAGAUGGUGUGAAGACCGAAAAGCUGCUAAACUAAGGCAUAGGAUCAACCAACAGUUUAUCUACACUUGACAAACUGAUAUUUUGUGCGAACAAAACCCACAAAGCACCUGAAGCGACGAUGAAUUUGCACACUGCGCUCUGUUCGAAGGAGAGAGAAAGCCGCAGAGCGAGAGUGGCAAGUUGGGCGCGUUCUAGGGAACUAAAAUUGGACAUAUUAAAAUAAACUAAAACGAAUGAAAAAAAAAUCAAUAAAAAGUGUAAUUGAAAGUGACGUUAAGAAAAAUGGAUAAAAAAGAAAACAUGUUAUAAAUUUAUUGAAAAAUUAAAAACGAAACAGAAAAACAAGUGGCGGAAGCUGUGUGGAAACUAUAGAACGUAAGAACACAACAAGACAAGGCAAGCGAAAGUGAGAACGUGGGUCAGCUGGAAUGCUCUGUGUUCCCUAUCCCUGCUUUGUUUGUGAGGAGAAAAUCCUUCUGUUCGCCGCCGUUGGUGUGAAUGUGCUCGGAUUCCCGGUUUUCCUCUGUACAUCGGUCAUAGUUUGAUUGGUCUUUGUAAACUAAAUUUUGCGCUGAAUCAUCCAGAGCGGUUGGCAGGAUCAUCUCAGAAUGGAUUCCAAGAAACGCGGUUUUUAUAGAAACAAGUUUAAAUCUUUUUUGGGUUUUAUUGAGUAACACUACUUCACGAAGACACAAUGCCGUUUGAUAUCAUUUAUUUUUGGCAUAAAAUUAUUGUCCAUCUUAUCAGUUCAUCCUUCGCGUUAUAUCCAAAGUAAUGCCAAAUGGAAUACUAUCUACAGAAGUAGCUCGGAAUCUUGAAGCUUACCUCAUUUGUGAGAAGGUACUGCCAACCCCAAAGACGAACCCAAAAGAGGUGGACCUCAUCCUGGAAGGUCUUUUAUUUUGUCAGGCUGUAUGUUCCGAGAGGAUGACAGGAAAAACAAAUCGGAAUGAUUCUUCUUUUUGUUAUUCUCUCUGGUAUGACCUCGAAUGAAAUUCGGACGAUAAAACUUUUGAAUGGCAUCUCUCAACUAAUCAAGGGAUGCUCUCCAAGACUUUUUAUCGACAUGGAAACUCUUGUUUUAAUUGUAAAUAGUAGUUACUUAACUGUAAUUAGUGUAAUAAGUAAAAUUUUCGUGUAGAAAAAUAAAACAGUGUACAGUCAACACACGCUGACAAUAUGCAUCAUCAAACUUGGGUUGAAACGGCAUGACCUCCUUCGCCAUAAUGUUGUUGUGAAUAAUGUCAUAUGGCGUAACGUUCGUUUGACAUACUAAACGAUUAUUAUGGUUAAUGGGUGUUAUGCCACACGGUAUAAGGCCGUUUUAAAAGCAUAAACGGCAGCUUGAGAUGGCCAUGAGUUUAUACCAUAUGUACUUCCCCUAUCGAUCCGUUUUCUUUCUCUUCUGAGAAGCUUAUCAACAUCGUUUGAUGAACAUUGAAAUUUUAACAUUUCACAUAUUUAUUAUAAUUUUCGUCACAAAUCCUUGGAAAAAUAAAAGAUCUUUCUGUGAUGGUUGCAUUUCUCAAUCAAAUCAACAGAUUAGUUUUGUUCUAUCACCGCGUCUCGGAUUGCAGCAUUUUUCUGUGAAUCAACAAUCUCUCAAGACGAAAGUCACUCAUCCACUGUUCAAUGGAAUUCAUCCGUCAGGCUCUUUGUGAAAGACUCGAAGCGAGGGAAUCAUGAAACUAAAACAGUCACAGCAGAGACACAUAAACACAUUUCUAUCCUGGAAAACGAGCAUUGUGGACGAAUUAGAGGGAUUUAGGGAAAAAUUAAAACUUUUUACACAUACACACAGAUGAUGAAAAAAGUGUACGAAGGAAAAUAAUAUACAAAAAUCUAAAAAAAAUCCAAUGUUGGUUUGA